AUGGUAGGGACAGUUCGUCGUAACCGAAUAGGAAAAUGUUCAGUAUCGUCAGAAAAAGAAAUGAAAAAGAAAGGUCGCAGAACUCAUGAAGAACGUGUCGCAACAAUAGAUGAUGUUGAUGUCUGCGUUGUCUCGUGGUUUGAUAAUAAGGUGGUAACCCUGCUAUCUAAUUUUGUUGGUAGCGAACCAACAAGAUAUGUCAAGAGGUUUUCAAAAAAAGAAAACAAACAUAUCGAGAUACCGUGCCCAAACCUUGUUACGAUUUAUAACAAACAUAUGGGAGGCGUAGACUUUUUAGAUUCGCUUUUAGGGUAUUACCGCAACAAAAUCCGGUCAAAAAAGUGGUAUCACAGAAUUUUCUUCCACUUAAUUGAUAUGAUGGUAGUCAAUGCUUGGAUUUUAUGGAGAAACCAAGAUCCAAAUGUGCCUUUAGUAAAGUUCAAACUAGCUGUUGCUGAUUUAUUGUGCCAUUACUAG